AUGGCUGGGUACCUUAGACUCAAUCAUCAUAGCUCGGGUCAUUUCAAGCAAGAUUCUAUUCUUUCGUUCGGCAACACCGUUUUGUUCAGGGGAACAACCAUCGAGACCACCGUCACCGACAAGGCCGCCACCGCCUCCGACUGGGCCGGCGAGAUCACCGCCCUCUACGGCGGCAGCCCCGCGGUGGUGGGCCUCGACGUGGAGUGGCGGCCCCACCACAUCAGCUACAUGAGCAACAAGUCGGCCACACUUCAGCUGUGCCUAAACAACAAAUGCCUAAUCAUGCAGCUCUUCUACAUGGACCAAAUCCCCCAAUCAAUCAAGGACUUUCUCCUCAACCCUAAUUUCACCUUCGUCGGGAUCGAAGUCCAAGACGAUGUGAAGAAGUUGCGAGAGGAGUACGGGCUGGAUUGCAGCCGGACCAUGGACGUUCGGGCCGCGGCUAAGGCCCGCUGGCCCCAUAGGUUUAGGCGGCCCGGGUUGAAGGAUCUUGCGCGGGAAUUGUGUGGCCUCAACAUGCCCAAGCCCAAGCAUGUGUGCAUGAGUAAUUGGGAGGCCAGAGUGCUUAGUGAAGCUCAAGUUGAGUAUGGAUGCAUUGAUGCUUUUGCUUCUUACAAGAUUGGCCAUAAGCUCACUCUUGAGAUUUAA